CGGUCCCCGCACGUUUGUCCGAGAGGGCUCUCGGCUCGUCGAUCGGCUCAACAUCUCUAACUCUCGUUUCUUUUGUCUCUCUAUCUCUCCCUUCUCCCCCUGUUUGUUUUUGCCCUGCACUCUGACCAGGCCCGGGUCCCACUUCACGACAGACUUCAGAAUUGCACUCCAAUGUCUGCGGUGGCCUCUCUGCUGUGAGCACAGAAAGGUUAUGCUGCCCAAAAGCUGCCUGAGUCCCAGUGAGAAAGAGAAGGGCUAAAGCCGCACCGAUCCAAACCAGCUUUCCAGAGCCUCCCCAGCAGCGACUACAACUGUGGAGCCAUGAGCAAUUCCAGCUCGCCCAACCAGAUCACAGACGCCGUGGCGUCGGUUAUUCACAGUCCAGAGGCUCCUGCUGCCUCACCACUACACGGGAGUCUGCACCCUGAAGAAGAGGAUGAAGGGGACUUGAACAAAUCCCUGGGGGUCCAGCGCUUCCAGCAGAUCCUCAACCCCGCAGCAGCCGUCCCUGAUGAACAGCACCAUAACUACCACGAGGAGGACAUUGAAUACCACCGUCACUCCUCUCACCACAUCCACCGACCUCUGUCCAAACUGCCCUCGGAGGGACGCAGGAAGAAGAGCAACAAGAAAAAGAGGAAGGACAAAGAUCACAAGAGCAGCCAUGUUCCCAGCAGCGGCCCCAUCGAGGAUGAGGAGGAAGAGGAGGACGAGGGGACGGAGACGUCUGCGCCAUCUGAGUCUGAGAAAGCGAAAGACGUGGAGUUUUUUGUUUCGGAUGAAGACCAUGUGGACAAACUGGGCAAAGAGCACGCGGCCCGUGAGCUCAACAUCGUGCCGCAGUCCGCGGUGGGAGUGGAGACUGAAGAAAGUUCCUCAGAUAAGCCGGACUCAUCCGACGCUGCCAGCGGUUCCCCCCAGUCGGGGCCAGCUGAACACGUCCCACUGGCCCGGGUGUCCUCCGCCAGCCGCGGCUACGACCUGCAAGACCGCAGACGCACCGGCAACAUGACGGGCGCCGAGCAGGCCAAGUACCAACGCAUCCCGACCGACGAGAGCGAGGCGCAGACGCUGGCCUCCGCCGACCUGGACGGCAUCAAGAGUCAUCGUUUUGAAGACGUUCCCGGCAUGCGCAGACACCUGGUCAGAAAGAGCACCAAGGGACAAGUGCACACAGGCAAGGACCACAAGGAGCCGACCACUCGCAGCCGCAAGCAGGACCGAACCCCCCACGAGUCGGUACCGGUCGUUCUGUACCGCUCUGCCUCGCGCCUCCAAGGCGUCCUGCUGGACGAGGACCUCGUGAUGGCUCGGUACCAGAAGGUGUUUGUGGAGCUGAAUGAGCUGACCAUGGACAAGAACCAGGAGAUGCAGUGGAAGGAGACGGCUCGGUGGAUCAAGUUUGAGGAGGACGUUGAGGAGGAGACCGACCGCUGGGGGAAACCUCACGUGGCCUCGCUGUCUUUCCGCAGUUUGCUGGAGCUCCGGAAGACCAUCUCGCACGGUGCAGUGCUGCUGGACCUGGACCAGAAGACCCUGCCGGGCAUCGCCCACCAGGUGGUGGAACAGAUGAUCAUAUCUGACCAGAUCAAAGCUGAGGACCGAGCCAAAGUCCUGAGGGCCCUGCUGCUGAAACACAGUCACCCGAGCGAUGAGAAGGAGAACAGUAGCCCUUUCCCCAGGAACAUCUCGGCGGCCAGCCUGGGCAGCAUGAUGACGCACCACCACAGUGCCAAUCACAGCCAUCAGCCCGAACUGUCGGUAACCGACCCGCUCGUGAGCAGCGUCCACACCGCGGGCAACUCUGAGAAGACCGUCGACAUGGAGAAGAACGAGGUGCAGAAGGAGACGGUGUUGUUGUCCGGCAUGCAUCGGUCCAAAUCCAAACAUGAGCUGAAGCUGCUGGAGAAGAUCCCUGAAAAUGCCGAGGCCACUGUUGUCCUUGUGGGCAGCUUGGACUUCCUGGAGCAGCCCACCAUGGCGUUUGUGCGACUGCGGGAGGCCGUGGAGCUGGAGUCGGUCCUCGAGGUCCCCAUACCGGUCAGGUUUCUCUUCGUUCUGCUGGGACCCCCCACCACCAGCAUGGACUAUCACCAGAUAGGACGCUCCAUCUCCACACUCAUGUCUGACAAGCAAUUCCACGAGGCGGGUUACAUGGCCGACGACAGGCAGGACCUGCUGAACGCCAUCAACAGCUUCCUGGACUGCAGCAUCGUGCUGCCGCCUUCAGAGAUGGGCAGCGAUGAGCUGCUGCGCUCGGUCGCACGCUUUCAGAGGGAGAUGCUGCGCAAGCGCGACGAGCAGGGGGGCAAACUGGCCAAGGAGCCGAAGAGCCACGAAGAGAAAGAGGCCCUCCUCACGCCCAUGAAAAAGUCAGACGACCCCUUGGCGCGCACCAGGCGCCCCUUUGGGGGGCUUGUACGAGACGUGCGGCGCCGUUACCCAAAGUACCUCAGUGACUUCAAGGAUGCGCUGAACAGCCAGUGCAUGGCUGCCGUUAUCUUCAUCUACUUUGCCGCCCUCUCUCCAGCCAUAACAUUCGGAGGCCUCCUGGGUGAGAAGACGGACGGCCUGAUUGGUGUUUCUGAGCUGAUCGUGUCGACGUCGGUGCAGGGUGUGGUCUUCUGCUUGCUCGGAGCGCAGCCGCUACUGGUUGUGGGCUUCUCCGGACCCCUGCUGGUCUUUGAAGAAGCUUUCUACAGUUUCUGCAAAGCCAACUCCAUGGAGUACCUGACCGGCCGCGUCUGGAUCGGGUUCUGGCUCAUCGUCAUCGUGAUCGUCAUGGUGGGCUUCGAGGGGAGCUUCCUGGUUCGCUUCCUCUCGCGCUUCACCCAGGAGAUCUUCUCCUUCCUCAUCUCCCUCAUCUUCAUCUGCGAGACCUUCGUCAAGCUCGCCAGGAUUUUCAGGGAGCACCCGCUGAAAAGUUGCUCCCUCAACGGCACAGAGGGGGACGCCUCGACGGGAAACAUCACACUGGCGCUGAGCAACAGCACCGUGACGGAGGAUGUCCUGGGGCAGCCCAACACCGCGCUGCUCUCUCUGGUUCUCAUGGCCGGGACCUUUUUUAUUGCUUUCUACCUGCGCAAGUUCAAGAACAGCGCAUUCUUCCCUGGAAGGUUGCGCAGGAUGAUUGGAGAUUUUGGCGUCCCGAUUGCCAUCCUCAUCAUGGUGCUGCUGGACUACAGUAUGAACGACACCUACACACAGAAACUGAGCGUUCCUCACGGCUUCUCUGUGACGAGUCCUUCGAAGCGCGGCUGGGUCAUCAGUCCUCUGGGCACCAACGGAGAAUUCCCCAUCUGGAUGAUGUUCGCCUGCUGCCUGCCCGCGCUGCUGGUCUUCAUCCUCAUCUUCAUGGAGACUCAGAUCACCACCCUGAUCGUCAGUAAGAAGGAGCGGAUGCUUACCAAGGGCUCCGGCUUCCAUCUGGACCUGCUGCUGAUCGUGGUGCUGGGCGGCUGCUCGGCUCUGUUCGGCCUGCCGUGGAUGGCCGCCGCCACUGUUCGCUCGGUGACCCACGUCAACGCCCUCACCGUCAUGAGCAAGGCUGUCGCCCCCGGAGACAAGCCUCGCAUCCAGGAGGUGAAGGAGCAGAGGCUCACCGGGCUCCUGGUGGCCAUCAUGGUCGGUAUGUCCAUUGUGAUCGGAGACCUGCUGCGUCAGAUCCCCCUGGCGGUGCUGUUCGGUAUCUUCCUCUACAUGGGCGUGAUGUCCCUGAACGGUAUCCAGCUGACGGAGCGGAUGAUGCUGCUGCUCAUGCCUCCGAAGUAUCACCCUGACCACACCUACGUACGCAAGGUGCGCACGCUGCGCAUGCACCUGUUCACCUGCAUCCAGGUGGUGUGCUUGGCGGCUCUGUGGGCGGUCAUGUCGACACAGGCCUCGAUCGCGUUCCCCUUCGUCCUCAUCCUCACCAUCCCCGUCAAGAUGUUCCUGCUGAGCCGCAUCUUCACGCCCAGAGAGAUUGCGUGUCUGGAUGCAGACGACGCCGAGCCGAAGUUUGACGAGCGCGAGUGUCACGACGAGUACUCCGAGAUGCACAUGCCCGUGUAAACCGCCAGGACCCCUCACAUCGCCACGGGACUCCUCGAAGUGAACCCCAAAAUGCAUUGUGACCAACCAAUGAGAUCCUUCAGUCUUGAACCCCUCGCCGGUCUUUGCCACCGGGACGAGAACAAUGUGCCGGCGGUCCGGUCGGUUGUUACUCCAACUCUUCAAGUAGCUUUUUGUCAGAUUGUCGGGGCUCUUCUGGACAGCGCGCAUUCACUCGUCUGUUUUUAAAACUAUAUCUUUCAGGGGACAAGAGUUUCCAAAUUAAAUGAUCUCGAGCUUGAAAAUUAAAUGUGAUUUACAGUAGAUAGAUUUGCAAGAAUGAUGAAUUGUUAGCCCUGAAAGGUCGCUCUGAUUCACAUUGAAUAUGUGGAGGGAAUAUGGGAGAUAGGCUUUUAUAUAUUAAUACACUUGUCUGUUAAAGUUAUUUUUUUGUUUGUUCAUGUUUUAAGCUCACCAAGCGCCUUAUGAAGGAAUGAAAAAAGGUAUACCGGGGUGUUUCUUUCCCCCUCAGCUGAUCACUUUACCCAGCCUCCCUAAGCUCGUGGCACUUUUUUUUUAAUGACACCAAAUCUGAACAAUGACUGUAUUUUUAUGUGAUCAUUUUUAUUCUCGUCGCAUCCUCUGUAAUCCCUUGAAUAUCGAUGUUGCUUUAGCUUGUUUCUCAUACGGUUGCCUGUGAUUUAUUUUUAGUCCUUCUUUUUUCGAGACAUAGAAUAUUCUACUCGACUGUUGCCGUUCAGGUGACGUGAAAACGUAUUUCUGAUCACAACAGAAGAUUUAAAGACUUCUAAAUGUCUCCACGCACACGUGUAGGGCACUAAUGUAUCGAUGUAGAGUUUGCGUCACACGGUGUGGUUUUUGGGAAUCACAGAUUUAUUUGGUUUCUUUGUCCAAGUGCCAAAUGUCUCGUGUAAAUAGUUUAGUGAUCAGAACAAUAAACUGCGGUUCAGCCAUCUCGCGUCUCCUGCCGUACCGAUAUUUCUCGAAGGAGCCUAAAUUAACAACAUGUCUAAGUACAACAUUCCUUUUUGUGUUUAACUUUCUUAUUUAUGUUUCUCGAUCAAAAAAAAAUGGAGCACCGACAAAUUCAAACAUUUCAGAAUCACACGUGAAUUUGGUCGACCAAAUUUACACAUAAACUGUAGACAAUCUCAAUAUUCAUGCUUUACUAGAGGCACGGCUUUAAAAGAUAUGUGUGUAUAUAUACAUGCAUGUGUUUGAUGUCAUGUUGUAUCAGUGUGACACGGAUUGGUUAAAGCUUUGACUGUCUAACUGAAUGUCCUCUUGCCCCCCCCACCCCCGCCUCUCGGCCGUCCCACUGCCUUUGUGCCCUUGAGCCCGUUUGGCGUUAGAAAGGCGCACAAACCCUCAUUGCCUCUGGGACCGUGACGCUGCCAGCGUUUCUGCAUCCGACAAUAGUUUGCACUUUUGAAGAUGCUAAAAAAAAAAAAAAAAUCAAGCGGCUCUCCGUUAUUUAUCUGUUGCAAUAUGAGGCAUUACUGCCGCUCGUGUCACGGACGUCACGUCCACGUCGUUGUCGGUGUCUGUUCUACGUGUGCUCGGUGUGCCUGUGGAUGGCGUGGCGUUGGUCUGUGUUCGCCAAAGUAUCUGUCAAAGUAGCAACACGCUGAUCACGAUAUUGUGUCCAUUUUUAAAAGCAGACGGUCUGAAAGGCUGUUGCUGAUGUGUCCUUGUACUGUACAUUAAAGGUUGAAAUAUUGAUGACGCAUAAAAGAUUAUAUAUUUA